UUAGUUUAUUUUAAAAUGUGACCGAAGGAGUUUCCGAUACAUACGGAUAAUAUUUUGAUUGCGAAGUUCCGUCGCACCGGGCGCGAAAUGAAAACGUAAAUAUUUAUCCAAACUUUAACGAGGAUCCGGACAAUUUUCUCAGUUUUUUUGCACCCGCGUCAGUUCGUUAAUAUGUAGCCUACGUUAGAGUAUCCGAGUUUGCAGCGAAAUGAGUUCCAGGUCGUACUUUUACGGCGUACUGCUGAUUUCCUGCUGGCUGGUCGUUGACGCUGCCGGGCGGAACGGCAAAAAGAAAACCGACGACGUUUCGGACGAAAAUCUCGACUCGAAAUCCGUCGUCGGGGCGAGGCAUAACGCCGGGUGCACGGCGAAAAAGUGCGCGGGUGACAGGUCGGUGAAAAACGAAUCGGACGACGAAACAAUGACCAGAAAUCGCUACAAAAUGGACAAGCAAACUAAAUACGACACCUUGAACAAGGCGAAUAAGUUUAUCAAAACUGCUAAAGUGGAGAACGAGAGGAAGAAAGGGGGAAACGGGAACAAAGAUUCCGACGAAUCUGGAGGAUCGUGCGAUUCGUCCGUGGAAGAUUGCGGCUCGAGCGAAGAGGACUUCGACAGGAAAAAAUUCCGUGGAAAAAUCAAGUACAGUAUUAAGUUUCAACACGAGAAGAAGAAAACGCCAUCGAAGAUGGACAGCAGCAUCUUGCGCCUGCACAAAAAUAGAGGGAGAGACAGGAACACUCGUGACGACGAUUCCAGCGAAGAGGACGACAAUCCAUUUCCAAAAAGGAUUCGCUUCGACGAGGACGAUGACGACUAGUGUUAGUUUGUUGUACUCACCUUCAGUUUUACGACUUUCUAGAGGCACGGAAUGCGAAUUUUUUCCUUUUUUUUUUCGUGUCAAAGUUACUUUAUACUUUGACACGAAAGUAAACCCCCCAAAGUUAACUUAAACACUAUUGAAUGUUCUUGUAAUUCGUGAAUAUAUAGAUUUUUUUUAUAGUCCGUUUUGAU